AUGUCUUCCCCCCGUGAGAAGAACACCAAGUACGCCUCCGACGAGGAGACCUCUGAGGACACCCAGCAGCAGCAGCCCCAGCGCCGCCAGAACCGCAGCAAGGGCAGGCAAAUGCAAAGGCGCCAGCAGGGCGGGCCCCUCGAUGGCAUCGGCGGCGGUGAUGUCGGCCAGCAGGUCCAGGGCGUUGCCGGCGGCGUCCAGAACACACUAGGCAACGUUGCCGGCGGUGCCCUGCAACAGCAAGGCGGCGGCGGUGGUGACAAGAGCGACACCCUGCGAUUGCGUCUUGACCUCAACCUCGAUAUUGAAAUCACGCUCAAGGCGCGCAUCCACGGUGACCUCGAGCUUGCACUCUUGAACUGA